AUGUCGCAUAAUAUGUGAUAUAGGCCUAAACUAUAGCCACACUAUUCAGGACACCAUGAAUCGAACGAUAUGGGUGCCACUCCCGUUGCUUGUGUUCUUUCUACUAAGCGGCACAGCGGUUGGAGAGGGGAGUAGUCCCAAAGUUCAAGUGCAAGAAGGAGAAGUGAUAGGACGGACUGUGGUAUUUAGCGAAAGCGCUUUCACCAAAAUCACCAACAUCACCAGCAAAAGUAUUGAUGUGUUUCAGGGUAUACCUUACGCUGAACCACCAGAACGCUUCAAGGUACCUGUCCCAAAGAAACCCUGGGAAGGAGUAUGGAACGCCACAUCUUUCACUUCGAGUUGCAGUCAAGACCCUCAUCUUUACUAUCCACCAUCGUCCGAAGACUGUUUGUAUCUCAAUGUGUACGUGCAAAACCCAAAGCCCUCUCAAGCAGCUGUUCUGGUGUGGAUCCAUGGGGGUUCAAUUGAAAUAGGCACAUCGAUGACAUGGGAUUUUUAUGGACUGCCAUUGGUUGCUGUGAGUGACGUCAUUCUCGUCACACUUAACUACCGGCUUGGGAUAUUUUCACAAUUCACCACUCGAGACAAUGAAGCCAUUGGAAACCUUGCCCUGUUCGAUCAAGUGCUGGCCCUUAAAUGGGUCAACAACAACAUUGCAGCAUUUGGAGGAGACCCAAGCAGGAUAACUAUAUUUGGAGUGAGCUCAGGUGCUAGUAGUGUCAGUCUUCACCUCUUGUCUAAGCUCAGCCGAGGAUUAUUCAGCCAGGCCAUCAUACAGAGUGGAUCAUCACUGACGAAUUGGGCCUUCUUUGAUGACAAGACAACAGACCUUAGAAACGCAUUUGAUCUUGGCCGAGCAAUGGAUUGUGACGUCACCAACACUUCUACGUUAGUGUCAUGUUUAACAGCAAAGCCGGCUGACGACCUUCGCAGGAGAGCAAAACAGAUAUAUAGUUCAUAUACUGCAAUGCACCUUGAUGGUACAUUUCUUGAAGACACGCCCACUGCAAUUUACGAAGCUGGAGAUUUUGCUCACGUACCCGUCAUCAUAGGCUUCGGUAAAGAUGAAGGAACGAUGAUACCGUUCCGCAGCUUUCCCAAAUACACGGGAAAUCCACAUCCACCAUUCAUCAAUAAAACAACAUUUAAUGCCUUUGCCAAAAGCUCAAUUUCCUUACUUCUAUUACCGGAUGGGGCUAACAUUGCCCCCCUGAUGGAUGCUGUAUCCCAUGAGUACACCGACUGGUCGCAGGCGGACGAUCCCAAUGCAGACUACUACCAGGCUCUGGUCGACAUGUCUGGUGACAUCAUUUUCAGCUGCCCUGCCGAUGCUCAGCUACGUUUCCACACCGGCUUUGGGGACAAGACUUUCGCCUAUUUCUUCACGCAUGCUCCAUACGCCACGAGCUACGCCCAGGUUGGAGAUAUCGUUCCUUUUACUCCAUGGGUCAAUGCAGGGCAUGCGGAGGAACUGAUGUUUGUGUUUGGGAUGCCUUUCAUUGAGGAACUUGCAGACAUCCACGGUACCAACAUGACAGACGAAGAACGGGCACUCUCAGUGAAAAUAAUGACAAUGUGGUCCAACUUUGCGAAAUAUGGGGACCCUAGCAAAUAUUCUUCCAGUGACAGCCCCAGUCAAGGCGAGUUCAGAUGGCCGAUGUACACCAUUCCUGAUCUGAGCUUCAAAGAAUUAUCACUAGACUUAGAUGUUGGUAGAGCUAAGAGAGCUAGACAAUGUCAUUUGCUCAACAGUUAUAUCCCUCAGCUUGCACAGGUUACAGGUGACGAAGAUCCAAGUGUCCGCGAAUGGAAAGAGCAUUUCAACGAAUGGCAAAUAAGCAUGGCAGAAUGGAGAAAACAAUUCGAUGAUUAUAAUUCGAAGAAAACAUGCUAGAAUCUAGAUAUGAAUUCAAUAUAACGUUAAAACUGAGAUCAAAUUACAUUAUGACAAUCUCUGCGCAUCUUACCCUUUUAGAAUUAAUACACUGUGAACCAACAUAAGAAUUAUGAUUAUUAGUGAUUUGUUUAUCCUUACGAACAGUACUGUACUGAUUCAUAUAUAUCUGUACCAGGACAAUUGUUUUCAUGGUAUGUCCUGUUUGUUAUUAUGCCAAUUAAUUGAAAUGAAAUGAACAGGUUUUCCACAACAAAUUGUUUUCCAUCUAAUUGUUGCUGUUAUUGUUUUAGC